CUGUGGCCGCAAGUGUUCCUGGUCAGAUGGGCUGUUGAUUGCAGCAUGCCAGCCAUCCUGAGUGUAAGGUGCCUUCCCAGAGUCCUGGGUAAACAGAGGCUUGUGCUCCCUGCCGCUGAGGCAGGAAGAACAGGGGAAAGCGCCAGGGUCCUCAAUCCAUCCACCAGUCUCUAUCUACGGGGCACCUAUUAGGUUUGCUGACCUGUGCUGGGUGCUGGGGUAGGGUGCUUCGCCUCCUGAGAACAGAGGACCAAGGAUGAAUGGUCAGGAGCCCUGCAUAGCCAGGACCAUGACCUCCAUUUUACAGGCACCGACGGGCGCUGGGGGCAACCGUAGCGAGCGGCGGGCCUGCGGGAGGCGGCACCUGGGGCAGGUUGACCUGGGCUCCGGCCUGCGCGGGCCCCGCCAGCAGGGGGCGCUCGCAGAGGCCAGUUCGCCCGGGUGCGGCCCCGGUCACCAACGAGCUCUGGCCACAGAGUCAGCCUCUCCCAAGGCAAAGCUUUUUCAAGAGGGAGGUUCCCGCGAGCUCCCCGGCGGCCGCAUGGACCGCGAGGACCCCCGCAGGGGGCAGCCCUGGGGCCCCCCGGGUGCCAAGCGCCAGCCGGGCCCCCUGCGCCCCUGGAAGAAUUGGUUCCCACCCGCCAACCUGUUCCCAUAGCCAGAAGUUGCCAUGGUGACCCCCUCCCACCUUCAGCUACAGCUUUUCCAGUAAAACCACUGCAGAAAUCCAUACUUCCCGACAGGCACGCCCCCCGGCCCCCCACCCCCCACUCGGCGCGGUCUGGGAGCUCCCAGGAGUUAACCCUCAGCUUGCCGGGCAAUGCUGUUUGGGGGAGUCCGGGCAGUGAGAGCCCACAACGAGGGGCCUGGGCCGGGGAGGAGAAGGUGGAUGGGGGAUAGGCGGGUCGCCCUCUCCCUCAAGGCCUCCGAGAGGGACUUGAGCAACUCCGGGAAGCUGGAGGGGAGAAGGGAAGCUAGCUGGGAACUAAAGGCCCCGCCUUGGAGGAGCCUCGUUGGGGCACCAGGGCGGCUCUGCAUGGGACCCAAGGGCCCUCCCUGGGCUCCAGCUCUCCAAGGGUGACUUCUCUGGGCAGCAGUUGGAGGGCGGGUAUUGCCUCCAGCCGGCCUGGCCUGCAGCUUCUGGCCGGAUCUGCUCUCCUCUCCUUGACCUCUGCCCCCUCCUCCCAGCACAGUGCUUUCCUAGAGGCCAAGGGGGCUCCACUCAGGUCCAGUGGGGGGUACCUUCAGCCCCUCCAGGGAGGCUGGAUGCCCGAAGCCUGGCUUUGUGUCCACAAGUCUGCUCUGAUGGGCUGUUGGACUGAAGUCACCGUUGGCUCAGGGUCUCUGCUUUCCCCCACCCCGCCAGGAGUGAGGCUAAGGAUCUUGAGGGAGAAGAGGGGAUCCAUCCUGCUGCUCCCCAGAGACAAGUCCUGCCAGCCUCUAUUGGCGGCGGAGUCCCUGGGGACCGCCAGGCUGUGCGGCCCAGGGGUCCAGCUCUGUGGCUCAGCCUUGCCUCCACUUCCAGGGCCAUGAGCGGAGAUGCUCUAAUUGUUCUCUCUGUAGCCCAGGAUGAAUAAUUGAGAGGUCUUUGAGGAGAAUUAAUUAGCCCGUUUAUUGACUGUAAAUGCUUUCUUUGCUGAUAAAGGGAAGGCUCACCGCCUGUGCGGGCUGCCUGCGGCUAGGGCCCACAGCUAGCUCUUCAUGUGCACCCAGGGUCCCCUCAGCCUGACCAGGGCUCAGCGUCUCCCUGAGAAAGGAGCGGGUGGCUGAGCCCCAACUUCCUGGCUUCCCUGGCCCCCUGCUUCAAGGUCCUGCUCCUCUGCCCUAGCUCUGCUCCCUUACUCUUCCAGCAUGCUAGACUCCUGUCCUGGGGCCAGGCUCCAGGCAGGGUCCCAGGACUCUGAAGGGGAAAGGCACCCCCGACGGGAGACCUGUCCUGGGGCUGGCUCUGGGCCCCAUGGGUCUCUGUCCAUGCCGUGCAAUGAUCCUACUGUGCCCCAGCCCCUGCGAGGAAAAUAAGGCAGCGCUCCCGUCCUCCAGGCUGGGCUCAGGUCCGACAUGCAAAUGUCAAUGUCCACACACUGGUGGGACCAGGGAGCGUGGGGCUCGGCCGGCAUGGACAGGGUCGGCUUGCUAGGUGGGUGCUAGUUUAACAGCAAACACUUCUGCACCUUUCACUCUAUGCCAGGCCCUGGUGCAUUAGAGAGACUAACUCACUUGGUCCUUCCUCACCGCCUAUUAGACCUGUGAAGGCAGAGCAUGGGCUUGGUCCCCGAUGGGCCCACAGGGCUUCGGUGCAGAAUCCAGCACAGACAAGGGCUUAUGGAAGGAAGGAAGGAAGGAAAGGAACAUGGGUGUGCAAAUAUCUGUUCAAGACCCGGCUUUCAGUUCUUCU